CUAACGAAACCGAAUAAACCAGCAACAGAAUGAAAUUUUCAGUUCUUGCACUAGCAGCAGCAACUUCGUCGUUCCUCCCUUACUUUGCGUCGACCGAGGCAUUUGUACCCAGGGCAUGUUUUAUUCCACGAGGAGGCGACCAGCAGCAACAGCUUUCGGCAUCCGCUGUCUCUAUCGCCGAAGUAGCCACCUCUCCAAUUGCUGGAAUGAAACCCGGAACAUCAGGCCUACGAAAGAAGGUUGAAGUGUGGCAAGGAACGGACGACGAAAUCAAACAAGAGUACUACGUGGAGAAUUUCAUCCAGAGUUUGUUGGAUACAGCCACGGAGAACAAUAAGGGAGUCGUACCGAAAACCCUCAUCGUAGCUGGCGACGGACGAUACUUUAACAAAGAGGCUAUUCAGAAAAUUUGCCGUGUUCUUGCUGGCAAUGGCGUCGAGAAUAUUUGGGUACCAAGCUCCGGCAUCAUGUCCACCCCAGCCGUUUCUGCUGCCAUUCGAACGAGAGAGGGAGGAUCCGCAGACGGAGGAAUUAUUCUCACCGCYAGUCACAACCCCGGUGGUCCUGGAGAAGAUUUCGGCAUCAAGUACAACGAAUUCUAUGGUCAACCUGCGGGUGAAGAWUUUACCGAUGCUGUAAGYACGAUACGACAAMGGCCUCUGUCAUAGRCUCAGCUGAAUAGUAUCGAUCCRUAUGAUUGAAAAUUGUUUGCAUAAAACUCACAUUCGAAAAUUUUUCUUCGUUGACAAAUAAUGAAUAGCUCUACGAAAAAAGUUUGAAGAUUACUAAAUUUAUGACUGUGGAGGGAUCGACUGAUAUUGAUGUUGAUGCCGCUCCAGGUACAACCUUUUCUUUGUCCCCAACAUCUACUGUCACAAUCAUUGACCCAUUCACAGAAUAUAUUGAGGUCUUGAAAGAGAGUUUUGACUUUGAUGCCAUCCGAGAGUUUGCGAAACGUCCCGAGUUUUCGGUUUUGUUCGAUGGUAUGCAUGGAGCGGGUGGUCCCUUUGCUCGACGCAUUCUUUUGGAAGAAUUGGGAUUUCCUGAGGUAAACAUAACAAGAGUGUUUGUAUAUUGUCGAUCUCUAACAACAUCWGCCAYCCCUCUGACACGAAGCUUUCUUACUUCCGGUACACYAACAGUCAUCGCUGAUGAGGUGCGAUCCCCGACCAGACUUUGGGAAAUGCCACCCCGAUCCAAAUCUUACUUAUGCCGCAGAUCUCGUUMAGAAAAUGGGAUUGAAUCCUGAUGGGAGUAUGAACGAAAGUACCGUGUCUUCUGCGCCAACUCUCGGUGCYGCCAAUGACGGYGAUGGUGAUAGAAACUUGAUUGCCGGUGCUGGUAGUUUUGUCACUCCAUCCGACAGCCUUGCUAUGAUUUGCGACAACUGGAAAGCCAUUCCUCAUUUCGCRAAGGCAGGUGGUCCCAAGGGUGUGGCCAGAUCAAUGCCAUCUUCCGCUGCUCUUGACGUGGUAGCCGAAGCCCUUGAUAUUCCUUAUUUCAACACUCCUACGGGCUGGAAAUUUUUUGGAAAUCUCAUGGGUUCCAAAGAGCAAUUCGGUMAAACCGACUACACCCCAUUUUUGUGUGGAGAAGAGUCGUUUGGUACAGGAACGGAUCACAUCCGUGAAAAGGAUGGACUCUGGGCCAUGCUAGCGUGGGUUUCUAUUUUGAUCGAUGCCAACGCAGACACUCCAGAAGGAGCUCCAUUGGUUCAGGUAAAGGACAUUGUUAUGAACCACUGGACCAAGUACGGACGUCACUUUUAUUGCCGAUACGAUUAYGAAGGUAAGGAUUUGRCCUGCAGACAAAUUGCAUUGGCUUCAACUAGGUAUCGAAAUUUGUAUUUUUUGACGGCAAUUUAAAUUUUUYCYCUYCCUCAUGAUAUAUCAACUGUAGCUGUCGCAAGUGACUCCGCCAACGAAAUGAUGGACUUGAUUCGAAAUGAAUACGUCAGUGGGGAUCUGUCUUCMCUGUCCGAGGACGCUUCGGGCAUCAAAUUGAUUGGCGCUGAAGAAUUUUCGUAAGUAGAACCCUUUCCGAGAGAAAAAACGACUUGGUCAACUAUGGCGAAUAUCACUGAAACACUCAUUUCMAUCCAAAMUUCCUUUUCUUUUCGAAUCAGAUACACCGAUCCCGUUGAUGGUUCUCUAACCAGUAACCAAGGUCUGAUUCUUAAUUUCCAAUACGCCAAUGGCGACGACGCACGUGUCAUCUUCCGUCUAAGUGGAACAGGCUCUGCCGGUGCCACUAUUAGAA